UUUCAAAACAUUCGUUGUUUACAAGUUUGCAGCACCUCGUGCGAGUUCUGGUCGUGGAUCUGUGUGCAACCAUCGGUAUGGGUUGGAAUACGAUGGUUGUGGCAGUUUUACUGCUUUCUUUAGCAAGUUUAGGCAAUUGUAACGUUAGUUUUAUUGAAGUAAACAACGAAAUUGUUGCAUUUUUGUCAAUUUCGAUCGAAAACGGCGCAAAAAUAGCGAACGGCGUUUCGCAAAAUGGAAAAGAUAAUAUUUUACCGAUGCUGCUUGAAGGGACGUUCGCAAAAUCUGCUUUAAACGAAUUUGCUGAAGGGAAUUUAAAAUUAAUUCAGAUGAAUGGAAACCAGUUGCAAAUUGAAGACAAGAAACAGAAAUGGAUCGCCGUCAUUGUUGAUCAAGAACAACCAACUGACAACAGAGGGAAUCGUAAACCAAACAACAACAACUCGAUAAUUGAACAAGUGAAGCAUGCUUUCCUACUUGGGGCAUCUGCGCUCAUUAUUGCAAUUCAAAACGUGGCAGCAAUUAAGAAGUUAGACGGUCCCCAUAUAUUCCCCAAGCCGAUCAUCUUCAUCAAGGGGAUGGAGAAUGUGACAAAGUUGCUUCAGUUGUUUAAACUUCAAUAUAAUCAACUUUAUGCGAAGAUUCAAACCAAGACAAGUUUCUACACUGCAGUGGACAGCAUAGGAACGCUCACAUUAUGGUCAGUAUGCGGUAGAUCCACUGCAGGAUCAUACAACGAGUGGCAGGGCAUGGUUUGUAUUGGAGACAAACAACACCCAAUACUGGUGAAACAUGAGCAGUGGAAUGCCUUGUUCUUUAUCAGCGUUUCUAUAUGUUUGUUCUUCUUCUUCAAGAUAGGUUGGGUCGUGUUUCAUUCAGACUUGCCGUACUACACUUACCAGGAUGUAUCCUUGCGUGAAAUGACGGACACUGCUGUCCAAAGAUUAAAAAUCCAAAUUUAUCGAAAUCGGAACCGUCGUAAACUCGAUGAGGCGUGCAAUGAAACCAACCAACCGGAACGCUGUGCGAUUUGUCUCGAUAAAUAUUAUUCACUUCAGCGGUUGCGAGUACUUCCGUGCAAACAUCGCUUCCAUGUUGGUUGCAUUGACCCGUGGUUGUUGACACGCCGCACGUGUCCGCUGUGCAAGUUCGAUAUAUUAGGCAACAUAUUAACUGGUGUUGGGCAAUGAUGAACAAGUUUACUUUUCAUCAAAUAUUUUAUUAUUUUAUUUGCUGCGUUCCUCAUAGUUUAAGUUGCGCAAUAAAUUUUAUUAACCGUU